AUGCAGUUUUUACCAUCGUCUCAUCGCCGUCUUCGCCUUCGCCAUCGCCCGUCUUCGCCUUCGCCAUCGUCAUCGCCGUCUUCGCCUUCGCCAUCGUCAUCGCCGUCUUCGCCUUCGCCAUCGUCAUCGCCGUCUUCGCCUUCGCCAUCGUCAUCGCCGCCUUCGCCAUCCCCAUCGUCAUCGCCGUCUUCACCUUCGUUAUCGCCGUCUUUACCUUCCUCAUUGCCGUCUUUACCAACGUCAUCGCCGUCUUUACCUACGUCAUCGCCGUCUUCACCUUCGUCAUCGUCUUCACCUUCGUCAUCGCCAUCGUCAUCGUCUCAUCGCCGUCUUCACCUUCGUCAUCGCCAUCGUCAUCGUCUCAUCGCCGUCCUCGCCAUCGCUUCAGCGCUGUCAACGCCUUCGCCUACGCCAUCGUCUCAUCGCCGCCUUCGCCUUUCGCCAUGGUAUUGUUUUGAUUUGCAUUGUAGUGUGUAUCAGUUAACCCAUUGGCUGCCACCCCGUUUGCGUCCCAUUUUUUUUGUAGCUUUAGGGAUCUGUGGCGCUGUUCUGCCUCAUGGUUUCUAUACCAUGGGGUAGGACAGUCGUCAAUGCGCCUAAAGGCACAAGGCCUUGUGUCUUUAGGCGCAUAGUAGGCAAUGCACCAGUAGGGCCUCUCCUUGUCGGUACAGUGAUAGUUUACCUGGGGUGUGCAUUCCCAGAAGGGUUUCUAUCACUGUGCCAGCCCGGACUUUGUCUUUGGACAAAGUCCCACUUGGUGGCGAUCCUUAUGACGCCACGCGUAGUUACUGUAGUUUAAGCAACCUACGGGUUGCAGGCCUGGCAGCCAAUGGGUUAAUUUAGUUAAGUGUAUGUAUGUAUGUGUAUUUGUAUGUAUGUAUGUAUUUGUAUAUUGUUAUAUAUGUAAAAUAGUGGUGGAA